CAGCUCCAGUAGUCUGUGGGGGACAAACGCUGCUGGUUCAAUGAAAUGAUCUAUUCAACUCAGCGUGUAUCUCUCUCUUGCUCUCUUCAUUCAUUACAUACUGUCCCGCCCUUCAUCCUUUCUGUCUUUUGUUUCCUGUCUCUCUUACUUUUUAUCCCCCUCCUUCUUUCUCUGGCUGGCUGAGCCCUGAUAGGGGAUAAAAUCAGGAGUUUGGGAGAGGAGAGGGACAUUUGGGAGCGAGAUGGCGAGUGGGACGGUGGCGUUGUUCCUGUAUGGGUUCCUGCUCCUGUCUCUGUGGAGACCUUCACUGCAAGGAGGUGUGUACAUACCUGCUGGUGUAGGUGAAGGAGCUGGGGCUGGAUUAGGAGCUGGAGCAGGAGUCAGAGCUGGAUUUGGACCAGGUGGAGCUGGCACAGGUUUUGGGCCUGGUGGUGCAGGCACUGGAUAUGGGCCAGGUGGAGCAAGAACCGGAUAUGAGGCUGGUGGCGGAGCUGGAGUUGGACCAGGAGGUGUAGGUGGAGCUGGCGCUGGUCCAGGUGGUGCAGGCUUUGGCCCUGGAGCCGGUGGAGGUUACACCAAGCCAGGGAAGACGGGAGCUGGCUAUGGUGGUCAGGUUGUAGGCCAAGGCCAAGGAGGACUGGGGACUGGAGGUCUGGGGGAAGGAAGAGUUAGACCAGAAGGAGCUGGGGCCGGGCCAGGAGGUUAUGGACAUGGCGGUGGUUUAGGAGCUGGAGGCCUUGGAGCAGGAGCUGGCAAUGGAGGUUGGGGUCCUGGAGGACAGGGGGCUGGACUAGGAGCUGGAGGUCUGGGAGGAGGAGGUCUUAGACCAGGAGUCAGACCAGGAGGUUAUGGACCAGGUGGAGCUGGGGCUGGACCAGGUGGUUAUGGGCCUGGUGCUGGUCUUAGUCAGGGCGGAGCUGUGGCUGGAGGUCUUGGUGGUGGUUACGGACUUGGCGGUGGUCUAGGUGCCGGAGGCCUUGGAGCAGGAGCUGGAGGAAAGCCAGAGAAGGCAGGAGCUGGCUACGGUGGUAGAGAUCCUGGAGGACAGGGGGCUGGACUGGGUGUUGGAGGUUUUGGACCAGGUGGCUAUGGACCAGGUGGAGCUGGUGCUGGACCAGGUGGCUAUGGGCUUGGUGUUGGUCUUGGUCCUGGGGGAGCUGGUCCUGGAGUUUUUGCUGGUGGUUAUGGACCCGAUGGAACAGGAGCUGGCUAUGUAGGUCGCAGUCCUGGGGGACAGGGGGCUGGAUUAGGAGCUGGAGGCUAUGGACCAGGUGGAGCUGGACCAGGAGGAUAUGGGCCUGGUUCUGGUGUUGGCCAAGGUGGAGCUGGUCCAGGUGGUUUUGGUGGUGGUCUUGGAGCUGGCGGACAAGGAGACGCACUUGGAGCUGGGUAUGGAGGCCUCGCAGCUGGGGGACUGGGAUCCAGAGGUUCAGGUCAGGGGGCUGGAGGACUUGGAGCAGGCCAAGGUCUUGGAGCCGGCCAAGGAGAUGGAUACAGACCUGGAGGAGGCUACGCUGGUGCUGCUGGUGUUCUGUACCCUGGAGCUGGAGGGGAGGGGGCAGGCCAGAAACCUCCCAAAACAGGAGCAGGAAGUACACUAGGAGGAGAUGGAUAUGGGCCUGGUGGUGCUGGUGGAUAUGGGCCUGGUGGCGCAGGUGGACAUGGGCCUGGUGGUGCAGGUGGACAUGGGCCUGGUGGCGUAGGUGGACAUGGGCCUGGUGGCGUAGGUGGACAUGGGCCUGGUGGCGUAGGUGGACAUGGGCCUGGUGGUGCAGGAACUGGGCCUGGUGGCGCAGGAACGGGACCUGGUGGCGCAGGUGGAUAUGGUCCUGGUGGCGCAGGGACUGGGCCAAGUGGCGCAGGUGGAGUUGGCCUUGGUGGUUUUGGGCCUGGUGGCGCAGCAGUACCAGCUGGAGCACCAGUACUUCCACAGACUGGAGUCCCUGGGGGUGGAGCUAGAGAGAAGAGCGGUUGGAAGGCCAACAAACAAGUGCCAGGUGUUGGAGUACCUGGACUCUAUCAAGGUGGAAUAGUACCUAGUCAAGGUUUCGGAGGGCGUGGGGUUCUUCCAGGUGUUGCCACUGGAUCCGGACUUGCUCCCCAGACAGGGGCAGGUGUGCUGGGCCAGGGUGGAGUUGGAGCUGGCACUGGAGCUGGAGGUGGCCGAGGGAGUUUACAUGGAGUGUUCCGUGGAUAUCCCCUCAUAUCACCUAAAUCUGGAGGGGCUGGAGGCAAAUCAGCUAAUUCCCAGGCAAAGCUUGCUGCUAAAUAUGCUGGAGCUGGAGGUGUACUUCGUCAAGGUGGCAUGGCCAGAGCAGGAGGAGUACCUAGCGGUGUUCCUGGAGCAGAUGGGGUCCCUGGUUAUGGAGUUGGAGCUGGUGGUGUACCUCGUCAAGGGGGCGUGGCCGGAGCAGGAGGAGUACCUAGCGGUGUUCCUGGAGCAGAUGGGGUCCCUGGUUAUGGAGUUGGAGCUGGUGGUGUACCUGGUUACGGAGGUGGAGCAGGAGGCAUACCUGGAUUCGGAGGCGGAGCAGGAGGCGUACCUGGUUAUGGGGGCGGAGCCGGAGGCGUACCUGGGGCAGGGGGCGUCCCUGGCUCAGGUGGGUAUGGAUACCCAGGGGGUUACCCAGGUGGAGGGCGGUACCCAGGGGCUGGCCUAGGUGUAGGAGGUGCCUACCCCGGAGGAGCUGGAUCUAAGGCAGCCAAAUAUGGUCAGGGUGGAGCAGGCACUGGAGCUGGUGGUGGUCUAGGAGGAGGAGGUCCAUCAGCGGGAGCUGGUGCUGGGCUCAGCCAGGGAGUACCUGCAUCUGGGAUUGGAACCGGAAGACUGCCUGGUGGGGCUGGAGGGGAACCAGGAGGCGGUUACAGGCCUGGCGGUAGCUUCGGUCCUGGAGGUGGAGUUGGACCAGGUGGGGCCGGCUAUGGACCAGGUGGGGCCGGCUAUGGACCAGGUGGAGCUGGACCUGGUGGCUAUGGACCAGGUAGUGCUGGAAGUUAUGGAACGGGUGGAGGGGUUGGACCAGGUGGUGCUGGGGAAGGACAUGGUGGAGCUGGCUAUGGACCAGGUGGAGCCAGCUAUGGACCAAGUGGAGGAGUUGGUGGAGUGCCUGGUGGUGGGCACAGACCCGGAGAUGGUUUACCUGGUAGUGGUGCUGGUUACGGACCUGGUGCUGGUGUUGGAGGAUAUGAUGCAAAUGCCAAAGCUCGUAAAUAUGGUAUGCUAAGUGGUGUCCUUGGGACCCCAGGAGGAGGACAGGCAGCCAGCAUUGGAGGAGUACCAGGAGGGGGAGCAGGGACUGGAGUAGGCCAGGGUGGAGUGCCCGGAUCUGGGCUUGGUGGUGGUGGAGGUGUCCCUGGUGGUUAUGGUCCUGGCCGUGGAACCGGUGGUGGUUAUGGACCAGGAGUGGGUGCUGGGACUGGACUUGGCCAGGGAGCAGGGCCUGGAGCUGGGCUUGGUGCUGGUGGAGUGCCUGGUGGUGGAUACAGACCCGGAGUUGGUUUACCUGGUAGUGGUGCUGGUUACGGACCUGGUGCUGGAGGAUAUCCUGCUGGGGCUAAGUCUCUGAAAUACGGUCCAGGAGGAGGUGGAGGAGCUCCGGGUGGAGGCCUUGGUGGGAGAUUCGGUGCCCCAGGAGGAGGUCUGCCAGGAGGAGGCUACGGACCAGGGGCAGGAGGCGCCUUAGGAGCAGGGGAAGCAGGGGCAGGAGGAAGAGUGCCUGGGGGUGGAUACGGGACCGGAGCUGGGCCUGGUGCUGGGUAUGGAGCAGGAACAGGGCCUGGAGCUGGGUACGGUCAGGGAGCAGGAGGAGUCCCUGGGGCCGGAUAUGGACCUGGAAGAGGAUAUGGAGCCGGAUCAAAAGCUGCUAAAUAUGGACGAGGUGCUGGUGGGGCCGGUGGGGUCCUUGGAGGAGGAGCUGGACAAGGAUUCGGAGGGGUACCAGGUGGCUAUGGACCAGGUGGCUAUGGAGCCGGACCAGGUGGCUAUGGAGCCGGACCAGGUGGCUAUGGAGCCGGACCAGGUGGCUUUGGAGCCGGACCAGGUGGCUAUGGACCCGGGGGCGGAGCAGGAUCAGGAAGGGUGCCAGGUGGGCUUCCAGGAGGGUACAGGGGUUCUCCCUGGGGGAAAAGGGGCUACGGUACUGGAUCUGGAUUUAAGGCAGACAAAUACGGACCAGGUGGGGCAGGAGGGGCCCUUGGUGCUGGGGCAGCUGGAGGUGCAGGGGCUGGGACAGGAACAGGGGCUGGGACCGGAGCUGGGACAGGUGCUGGAGGAGGUGCAGGACCUACACCUGGCCCUGGCACAGGAGCAGGAGGAGAUGGCACUGUGACAGGAGCAGGAGGAGACAGGACAGGCGCAGGAGGAGCAGGCACAGGAGCAGGAGGAGAUGGCAAUGUGACAGGAGCAGGAGGAGACAGGACAGGCGCAGGAGGAGCAGGCACAGGAGCAGGAGGUGAGCCUGGUGGUGCCGGUGGGGUUCUAGAAGGAUCUGGAAGUUCUGGUGGCCCAGGAGAUGGUACCGGCCUCACAGCUGGAGGAGGGGUGGGAGACACAGGAAUCCCUAUCAUUGGAGGAAAACCAGAUAAAUCGGAGCUCGGAGGGACAACAAUCCCAGGUGGAGUUGCAGUGCCAGAAACUGCGGCUGGUGUUGUUCAACCCAGUGCUGGGGCUGGAGUUGAUGGGGUAGGAGUUCCCUCUGGAGGUUCGGGAACAGGCAUCGGUAUUGGUGCCGGCGGAAAACCCUCUAACGAAAGACAAGCAGGUGCUGCUAACGGUGAUAUCACUGGAGGGGGGACUCUACCUGGAGCUAAACCUCUGAAGGCUCCAAGAGGAGAUACACCUGGUGAAGGAGAGGGAGAUGCAGGAGGAGGAGCAAGAAGUGUUGGUGGAGGUCAUGAUGGUGCAGGAGGAGCAGGCAGUGGAUCUGGCGGUGUAGGAAGAGAUGGUGAUGGUAAAGGAGGAGGAGGACCGGGAGGAGCAGGGGGGAAAGACGGUGGUGCAGUUAGAGUGGGAGGAAGUCCUACCGGUGCAGGGGGAGCUGGAGGUUCAGGAGGUGGAGGAGCAGGAGUAGAACCUGGAGGAGUUGGAGGAGGUGCAGGACCAGGCAGGAGUGACAAACCACCCAAAGGUUAUGGAGCAGGUGGAGCUGGCAGUCUGGGUGCAGGAGGUGCUGGAGGAGCAGCUCUGGUCCCUGGGACUGGUGGUGCCGGUGAUGUAGGAGCUGGAACCCCCAAACCAGGAAAAAGCUACGGAGCUGGUGGAGUCCUGCCAGGUGGAGGUCUACGUUACCCAACUGGGGCUAGAGAAGGACUGGGCUCAGGGAAGCCAGGCAAAGGAUAUGGUGCUGGCCAAUUUGGGGCAGGAGGACGAGGUCCUGGAGGAUAUGGUGCCAGACCAGGCGGAUACGGAGCUAGUCCUGGAGGAUAUGGCACUGGACCCGGUGGUUAUGGUGCUGGUCCAGGCGGUUAUGGUGCUGGUCCAGGCGGCUAUGGAGGUGGGCCAGGUGGCUAUGGAGCUGGGCCAGGUGGUUACGGGACUGGGACUGGGCCUGGAGGAUAUGGAUCCAAGCCAUACAAGACUGGAGGUGCUGGAGCCGGUGGUGUUGGUGGAGGUCUGGGUGGAGCUGGCAGCCUGGGUGCCAUAGGAGCAGGACCAGGAGGAGUAGGUGGAGGUCAAGGUGGAGGUCAAGGUGGAGGUCAAGGAGGAGGUCAAGGAGGAGGUCAAGGAGGAGGUCAAGGAGGAGGUCAAGGAGGAGGUCAAGGUGGAGCUGGACCAGGUGGCUAUGUACCAGGUGGAGUUGGUAGCAGAUACCCCACAGGUGCUGGAACUGGUACAGGAACUGGCACUGGAAAACCACCUAAAAGCUAUGGGAGAGCUGUUGGAGCUGGGCUUGGUGGUUAUGGUGGCGGACCAGUUGGUUAUGGACCAGGAGGAACCGGGGCCGGACUAGGUGGGGCUGGGGCCGGGCAAGGUGGAUAUGGUGCCGGACCUCAAGGUUAUGGACCAGGUGGAGCAGUGCCGGGAGGAGCUGGGGUCAGACCAGGUGGAGCAGAGGCCGGACCUGGUGGCUAUGGUGCUGGGCCUGGAGGUUAUGGGCCUGGGGCUGGUCUUGGUCCUGGCGGAGCUGGUCCUGGAGGUUAUGGGGCUGGACCUGGUGGCUAUGGUGCUGGGCCUGGAGGUUAUGGGGCUGGUCUUGGUCCUGGCGGAGCUGGUCCUGGAGGUUAUGGGGCUGGACCUGGUGGCUAUGGUGCUGGGCCUGGAGGUUAUGGGGCUGGUCUUGGUCCUGGCGGAGCUGGUCCUGGAGGUUAUGGGGCUGGACCUGGUGGCUAUGGUGCUGGGCCUGGAGGUUAUGGGGCUGGUCUUGGUCCUGGCGGAGCUGGUCCUGGAGGUUAUGGGGCUGGACCUGGUGGCUAUGGACCAGGUGGAGCUGGAUCUCAUAAAUAUGGUAUGCUAAGUGGUUCCCUUGGAGGGGGACAAGCAGCUGGCCAGGGAAGAGUGCCAGGAGGGGGAGCAAGGACUGGGCUAGGUCAGGGAGGAGUGCCUGGAGGGGGAGCAGGUACUGGGCUAGGCCAUGGGGGAGUGCCUGGAUCUGGGCUUGGUGGUGGUGGUGGUCCGGGUGCUGGGUAUGGACCUGGCAUUGGAACUCAUGGUGGUUAUGGACCAGGAGGUGGUGCUGGGACCGAACUUGGUCAGGGAAGAGCCGGGGCCGGACCAGCUGGCUAUGGACCACUUGGAGCUGGUGCUGGACAGGGAACUGGAGCUAGAGGGUAUGACGCAAAUGCAAAAGCUCGUAAAUAUGGUAUGCUAAGUGGUACCAUUGGAGGAGGACAAGCAGCUGGCCAGGGAAGUGUYCCAGGAGGGGGAGCAGGGACUGGACUAGGCCAGGGAGGAGUGCCUGGAUCUGUGCUUGGUGGAGGUAGAGGAGUCCCUGGUGGUUAUGGUCCUGGAGCUGGAUUUGGACCUGGUGGUGGAACUGUUGGUGGUUAUGGACCAGGAGGGGGUGCUGGAACUGGACUUGGCCAGGGAGGAGUUGGGGCCGUACCAGGUGGCUACGGGACUGGGCCUGGUGGUUAUGGACCAGGUGGAGCUGGACAGGGUGCAGCGAAGCCAAACAAAUCAGGUUAUGGCUCCUCCUCCUUCGGUGGAGCUCUCUUUGGACCAGGUGGUGGAGCUGGUGGGGUACCUGGAGCUGGAGCUACCGGGCGAAGAGGAGGAGUACCAGGAGGCUACGGAGUAGGAGAAGCGGGACAAGCAGGGCAAAAAUCGAAGGCACAGAAGGCAGCCAAAUACACAGCCAUGCAAGGCUUCCUGGGAGCACGAAGCUACAGAGGGGGCGCCGACUGCCAGGGUAAAUACUGCGGACGGAGGAGGAAGUGAGAGAGCAGCAAAAAGAAGUGACCUCAUCAACAACAUUGUGGUGCUACUGCAUGAUUCCAGAAUGUACUGAUUUUCAACUACUAAUAUUUCCCUUUUUUUCUUUUAAAGUGUGAAUCUUGGACAAUGGCAAAACCAGAGCCUGUUUGAUCUUUUAUUCUGAAACUGUGAUCAUGUGUUUAUUGUUCCUCACCUGUACCCCUUUAGCCCCUCCUGUGUACCCCUUUAGCCCCACCUGUGUACCCCAUGUACCCAUUUAGCUCCACCACGAAUCAUGUUUGUUUAAAACACUGAUACUAAGGCGUCCCACAACGGAGUGCCUCUAGACCUGUCUGUAUGCUGACUAAACUGUCUGUUUUCUGAUUAAUGUGACUAACAUCCCUCUAUGAUGCUAUGCUAUUGACACACAGGCCCAGACUUACUCAACAUUUGCACCUGCACUUUUCAACACACCUAGUUUUUGUUCAAGUCGUUUAGUUGCAAACAUUUACUAAAUCUGGCCCAAGGCGUCUUGAGAUAUAUACACACACUGCUGCUAUAAGUUAAAAUCUUAGGAGAUAUCUUUAGUGGUCAUUUUACAACCACCAUUUUUGAUUUAGAACUGUGUUUACCCUGAACCCUCAAAAGCAGUGUGUGUGUCCACAGCAACGCUCAUGUUCUAAAUCUGCUUCUAGUUACAGCAGUUCUCAAAAAAAUUGAGCUUAUUGCUCUUAGAGCCAUUAGUAAAGGUUUUAAGAUCUUCUAUGCAGUCGUUUAUAAUGCCUUUGCAGAAUAUAUAUAGUAAGGUUUUAAUAAGCCUCUUGCCUGAAAUAUUAUCAACAUCUUUCUGAAUGGCUGUAUAACACUGAAUUGCUUUGAGUGUUUAGAAUAAUUAUUCACACCGAUAUGACUGUGUUCGUACAGCCAUAGUUGAGACGACUGAAAAUGUAUAUUUUCUUUGUUUAAAAUCCUCAUCUUGGCUUUACUGAGAGCAACAGUACCUACAUGUACAUUUGCAGUUGAUUAAAACGAAUAUUAUAAUCAUGCUCAUCGCCACAGAUUGGCCUGUUUUCAGACCUAUCACCAUAAAACAUAAUUCUGUUAACUCAAAUUAUUUGAGAAAACUGAUUGCCUUGACUCAUUAAAUUAAAGCAACACAUUUUUUGUAAGUUACCAGUACUCAGUUAAUUUAGUUUUAGUGACUUGACUGUUGACAAAAGCCCAAAUUAAACGAUACACGUUUUUUAUGCGUGUGAAUUCACGCAGGAAAUAGAAUGCAUGGGAAUGAAUGAGAGACAACAGAUGGGCCUCAACGGCGUCAUUGCACAUCAAAUUAGAAAGCAAGUCUAUUUCUCUCCACAUCUACAAGAAGCAAUGCUGGUAAAAUUUGCAAAUAAAUUGCCAUAAAAUAGACUGUUUGCAUCGUUAUGUCUGGAAAUGUGAAAUGUAUAGUUAAAAAGUGCCUAUUUAGUGUUGAUACGUUUAACUGCCAAUACAUAUUUGAAAACAAUGGCAUAGGAUUUCAAUCACAGGCAUAUAGCCUAGGCCAGGGGUCUCAAACCUUUUCUAGCAUGACUUACUUUAAAAAAAAAAAAAUGUACAUGUCGCUUCUCUUCUCCUCUCCCAUUCAACUCUCUAAGAGAAAGUAGUGCACUGUUUUCUGUCAAUAUACCUGGUAAAAUAAUGAUUAAUAAACAACUCCAAGGGGAGACCUGUAAAGUCCUUUUUUUUUUCUCCAAAAUUAUAUUUUCAAUUUCCCAAAAUACGUUUUCUCUGUUUUAUGUUUUCUGGUUUAAGAUUGUUUUUGAUUUUAAGUUGUUUGUUCUGAGUCCAUGUCAAUGGUUAAAUCUCAUCAGGAUACCUUUUUUUGGGGGGGGGGGUCUGGAGGAAAGCAAAUAGAUUUCCCCUUUAUUGUGCAUCUAGCGAGUAAGGAAUGUGCCGUCUAAUGUGGAUGGUUCUGUACUGCUGCUGCUGCUCAUUUCAUGGCAAAGUUAGUAAAUAACAAAUAGGUACAAAUGAUAUAUUUACUUAUGAUAAACUUCUGCCAGGGAAGCCUACUUUGCAGUUAACAUUUAAUUGAGAACGUUAUAGGGAAAGCAUUUCUGUCAGCCCACAAGACGGUUAUCGCAUCAACUGGCUACACACGGAGUGAUAGACAAACGCGCCACACCAUAUACAGUAGACAGACGGACAAUACUACCGGAAAUGAAUUGGCAGAUAUUGUGUAAGGUUUUAUUUUUUUAAGCCAGUAGUGGCUAACCAGGGGUGGGAUAACGUCAGUGUUGUGUUGAUUAGACAGUAGUUGGGAGCUUGCAGUGUCGGAUACUUGGGAGAUUUGUUUAUGACAGUUUGCGAUGGAACACAUGAAAAAUUACGUAUGUUUUCAGAAUUGUUUGGUGAGCUACUCAUAGGUGAGCUACUACCUACUGGUAGCUCAUGUUCGACCUGCUUGGAGACCCCAGGCCUUGGCAGACUACGGCUGGGAAACUCGAGGAACUAUGAUUUCAAGAGAGAAUAAUAUUAUGUAGGAAGAACAAGACUAGCUAAAUUCCUUAUAGACUGCUCGGGUAUAUUAGCUACAACUCUCCUCAUGUUCAUGAAUAACAAUUAUUUAGCCUGUGCAGGCAGGUACGGUGGCUCCCAUAGGACAUCUACGAUGAGUCAAAAGGAACACACAAAAAUAGUUCCCAGGUGCUAUAUAGUGAACAUAACAAAUACAACAGUUUAUUAUGGAUUAUCAUGACGAUUACGUUGGCAUACGCUACGCAGUAUAUGUGAAUUGACGCUCGCCUCUCGCAAACAAAUUUCACACCGUUGACAGGCGUCUCCUGGUGUAACUUCGGUUUAACACUGAUGCAGUUCAAGUCUUUUCACUCUGAACUUAAACUAUUUGUUUACUUUAGCUUUUUAAAUUAUGAAGAAAAAAAUGCUAAAACAUUUUUGUAGUGUUUAACCUACGAUUUCAACAAUGUCUACUCUUCUGAUUUAAAAAAAAUGAAGUGCUUUAUUUUUUUUUACAUUGUCUUUGAAUGCUCUGUAAUGCUAGUGUUACCUGAGGUUACAUGUUUAAUGAAACUUUGUAAUCUUGAGUUAUCAUCUAUGGGCUCUAGUGUUUAUAUCCUUAAGCCCAGACAGACAAACAACAUUGGUGUUUUACCUUAGAAGAGAAUGAUGCACUUUUUUUUUUUUACACAGUACACAGUUUUUAAAUAAAGAAAUUACUUGAA